AGGUUUGCUUCUCGCACUCAGGAACGAAGGUUAGUAGGGUGGCAAUCGUAAAGCUUGCUCAUUUUACUUUCUCUACACUCCUCAACCUAAAGCGCCAAUCUCGCUUUAGCCCACCAUCAACCCAAGAAAAAGAGAGAAGGAAAGAAGGGAGGGCAAAAAAAAAAAAAACGCACAAAGCCCAGCUUAACAAUCACCUUAAUGGCCCCGCAAGUGCCCGUCGAUGUGUUCGCCGGCAACGGGAAGGCGUGCUCAGUCGACGGAGGGUAUGCAAGAAGGGGGUACGUGACUUUUUUGGCAGGGAACGGGGACUAUGUGAAAGGGGUGGUGGGAUUGGCGAAAGGGUUGCGCAAGGUGAAGAGCGCGUACCCGCUAGUGGUGGCGAUGCUUCCCGAUGUGCCGGAGGAGCACCGGGACAUACUGAGGGCUCAAGGGUGUAUCAUCCGCGAGAUAGAGCCGAUUUACCCUCCUGAGAAUCUCGUCCAGUUUGCCAUGGCUUACUAUGUGAUCAACUACUCCAAGCUUCGCAUAUGGAACUUCUUAGACUACAGCAAGAUGGUGUACCUGGACGCGGAUAUUCAAGUGUUCGACAACAUCGACCACCUGCUCGACGACACGGAAGACGGCUACUUCUAUGCUGUCAUGGACUGUUUCUGCGAGAAGACAUGGAGCCACUCCCCACAGCACUCAAUCGGGUACUGCCAGCAGUGCCCUGAGAAGGUCACGUGGCCUGCCGAGAUGGGCUCGCCACCUGCCUUGUACUUCAACGCCGGCAUGUUCGUGUUCGAGCCAAGCCGCUCAACCUACGAGAACCUUCUCCACACUCUCAGGAUGACCCCUCCCACGCCCUUUGCUGAGCAGGACUUGUUGAACAUGUUCUUCCAGAAAAUUUACAAGCCCAUCCCUAUGGCAUACAACUUGGUUCUGGCCAUGCUAUGGCGCCACCCGGAGAACGUGGGGGAGCUCGAAAAGGUCAAGGUGGUUCACUACUGCGCCGCCGGUUCAAAGCCGUGGAGGUACACGGGCAAGGAAGUUAACAUGGACAGAGAGGACAUCAAGAUGCUGGUGUCCAAAUGGUGGGAUAUCUACAACGACACGUCCUUGGAUCUGAGUGCAGAAGACGCCAUCGUUCAAGCUGAAGAUCAGACCGUGUCGAGGUCGUCCAUCAUGGCUUCCAUGCCUGACCCCGCUAUCUCCUAUGUUCCUGCACCCUCUGCCGCGUGAGAAGCUAAGACAAGUCUUUCAAAGAGAGUGUUUAAAUUAGUCGGUAGUCGAUCUGUCCAAGCUGCAGAUCAGACGGUAUCGAGGGUAUCAGUCACGGCUUCCGUGCCUGACCACCGCUAUUUUCCUAUGUUCCUGCAGCCUCUGCCGCUUGAAGCUGGAGAGGUCUUUUGGAGUGUCUAAAUUAGUUGGUGUAUUCAAUCCUUUUACACCUAUUCCAGCUUUGACCUGGUAA